UAAAACCCGACAGCGGAGCAAUCGGGUCAAGCGGGUUUAAACGAUUGGUGUAAAUUAGGGUUUUCACAAGUUGAAAAACUCAUCCUUUGUUGCUAUCAGAUAGAUAGAUACAGAGAUGAUGAAAAAGAGUGAAAUGGGUCAAGAUAAAAAUAGAAAAGAUAGCAGAUUUAAAAGGCCAGAAUCAAUGACAUCGAAGAACAAGAUGAGAAUGGGUGGGAAGGGCCUUUCUCUUGAAGCUUUUGCUAAUGCUAAAUCCAAGACUGAUUACAAUCCUGCCCUCAUCAAGAAGAAAAGGGAGUUCUACAAAAAUGCUAAAUAUGUUAGCAAGUAUAAGAAGUUAAAGAAGCAUGAAAACUUCCCAAACAAUCCUUCUUUCCCAGAUAUCGAACCACCAAAGGAUGAAAUAGAGCCUGUCGGAGAUCGAGAAGUAAAUCACGAGAGAAAGAAAAAGAAGAAGGAUAGUGCACGGAGUCUAAAUGAAGUGUAUGAGAGGAAGAGAAAGGAGCUGGAAAAGGCAAGGAAUGAGAAGGAAGCAAUCAUUCAAGAAAUGAAGGAAAGAAAAGAACAAUCCCAGUCCCAAAGAAAAGCUCUUAGAGAAAAGAUGCUCAAGAGAACGAGGUCAGGUCAGCCUGUAAUGAAGUACAGAAUCGAACAUAUGUUGGAAAAAAUACAGGGUUCAAGAUCUUAGAAAAUAUGUGCUUGGUCCAUAAGUAAUGUUUCUUAAACUGUCAUCCGUUGCCGUGACUUUAUUUAUUUUUUGAAAUUUGUUAACUCUUUACCAUGAUUUUCCGUUUUCGUAAUGUGGAAAACAGUAAGUUCAAUACAGAAUGCAGAUCACAGACUCUAGUGUCUUGUUCAGUGUCAAUUCCAAAUCUAGGCAGCCUUUCUAGAGCUGACAUUACUAUGGUGUGUAAGAUUCCAGCCUAUUACUAUUCAUUUGGUAAAAUGAUAUUGCAGGACUUUCACUA